AUGGAGCUUUCAGUAGAACGUGCAACGGAUCCUGUAGUGAGUUCAACAGCAAUCAGUGAGACGUAUAGUGCAGAUUUCCGUAUAAACUUGCAAGAUUUAUAUAUUUUUUCAGAUUUUGAUGGAACCAUUGUUAUGCAAGAUACAGGUCAUCUUUUAUUUGACAAGUACGGUUGUGGCCCGGAAAGACGUGCAGCGUUAGAAGCAUCGCUUGCACGAGGAGAAUGUUCGUUUCGUGAUGUUUCUGAGGAAUUAUGGGGGAAAUUGAGACUUUCUUUAGCACAGAGUAUUGCAUGGGUUCUUCCAAACCUUGAAAUUGAUCCAGGAUUUCGUAAUUUCUUAGAAUUUUGCAUGUGUAAUGGUAUUUCAUUUAGAAUUAUUUCAUCUGGAUUACGGCCUUUGCUUUUAGCUGCAUUGUCAAAGUUUAUCGGUCCUGAGAUUGCAGAACAGAUAGAAAUUAUUUCGAAUAAUGUAAAUAUAACGCCAGAAGGUCAUUGGGAGCCUAUUUGGUGUGAUGAAACACCUCUUGGACACGAUAAAGCUGCUUCAAUUCGCAAGUGUAUGGCUGUAAGCAGAUUAUCAUGUGGAUCAGAGUCAGGUAAUGCUAUGGGGCGUGAUAGGACACCACGAAUUGUGUUUAUUGGGGAUGGAGUUUCGGAUUUUUCAGUUGUUAAGGAUGUAGAUAUUUUAUUUGCUCGAAAGGGUUUAUCUCUUGAGAAAUAUUGUCUUGAACGAGGAAUUUCAUAUAUUCCAUACGAAACAUUUGCUGAUGUUCAACGAGAAAUUUCAUGGAUGACUUGUAGUUACCAUUCUUAA